AUGACCAAAAAAUUUGCUCAUUAUAAGAACGGACUUUUCGACUCUCGUGUCGAGCACGAUGCUUGUGGUGUGGGUUUUGUUGCCAAUAUGCAUGGUGAAAGAUCCACUAUGGUAAGCUUGAUCUGCUAUUUAAAGUCACUUGAUUUAUUCCCUCGUUCAAUAUGUAUCUUAAUUUAA